CCUUAAAUUAGUUGAACGUAUACUAUUCUACUAACUGUUAAAAAAUAUGAAUCGUUGGGUUGGAAAACUUGCAAUAGUAACUGGAGCAAGCUCUGGAAUUGGUAAAAUUAUUUCACAAUCCUUAAUUCAAGACGGUAUCAAUGUAUUGGGGCUCGCUCGAAAUGACGAAAAGCUCAAAAUGUUACAAAAAAAUUUUAUUGGAACUAAAGGAUCUUUUCAUUAUAUGAAAUGUGAUAUACGUAAUGAAAAAGAAAUAUUAAGUGCUUUCAAAUACGCUGAAGAUCAAUUUGGUGGUGUUGAUAUUUUAAUUAAUAAUGCCGGUGUAUUUAAAGUUGCAACAUAUGAUGUACUCUCGACAGAAGAUAUGCAUGAAAUAAUGGAAGUCAAUCUGAUUGGAUCUGUGAUAUGCAUCAGAGAAACUAUCAAAUCUAUCCGUAAGCAUAACAAAGAAGGUCAUAUUAUCAACAUCAAUAGCAUUUCUGGUAUUAAUGCUAAAGCCGUACCUUUACCACUAAACCUCUCUCCACCAAGUAAAUUUGCUCUGCGUGCAGUGGCCGAUAAUCUUAGAGUGGAUAUUGCAAAAGCCAAAGAUCAGAUACGAGUGACAUCAAUCUACUGUGGUCUAGUAAAUACAGCGCUGAAAGAAAAAAAGCCUCAAUUUGAUCCAGACGUGGUUACCAAAACAAUGGCAGGCAUAGAGGGUACUGAUGUCUCUAAUCUUCUGCUAUAUAUACUUGGGACACCACCUCAUGUUCAGAUCGAAGAUUUAGUUGUUACUGGAUUCAAUACAAAUAAGUGAACUUGCUGGAUCAAUUGAUUAUGUUUUUUCCCAAAUAUAUAAAUGAUUUUAAAUAAUAAACAAAUAUAAUACGUAAA